GCUGCAUGAACACGUAUUUGAGCAUCUAUGCACACUUUCCUCCUAUUUAAAACACUUUUCAGUGAGGUGCUGCAGCCUGCUUCUCUCCUGUUUCUCUGCCCCUAUUUAAAACACUUUUCCUCCUUCCACCUUGCUGGAGGUGAAAUCUCUAUUUCAGCCCUGAUUUUGGCACAUCUUGUAAAUUAGUUAAAUGUAGCUUUGUGUUUUUUAUUUAAGUCGCUGUUCAUUGUUUUUUAUAUAAAGCAGAUUUAAUGAUAUCCUAUGGAGGCUGAUGUGUGGAUGUUGUGUCCUUUUGAUGACUUUGUUGAGCUUGUUUUUAGCUGCAUGUCUUUUUCUAUCUCACUGAACAAAGUGAUGUAUGUGAACUGGUUCAGCUGGUGAGGCUGGUUAUGAAUCAAAGGGAGGAGCUGCAGACAGGUGAGGGAAGGUGAAAGUAUGAAGUCAGACUGCCAGACGCCAUUUUACAGCUCGACAGCAGGAGGAGAACAACAGGAGAUUCUGCACCUUAAACUAUGACGGAGGAAGAGUUAUACACGGUGUACAAGGGGGUCUACGUGGUCUCAUCUAUGCACACGCCAGAGAGUCUGAAAUACUUUGAAGAGUUUGCUUUUCGCCCAGAUGAUAUCAUCAUCAUGACGUAUCCCAAAUCUGGUACACACUGGAUGCAGGAGAUUGUCCCUCUGAUCAUGAGUGGAGGAGAUCCAGCACCUGUUGACACGAUUGUUAACUGGAAACGUGUUCCCUGGCUUGAAUUGCAGCAGACCGCCUCCCUCGAACUUGAACAGAGGCCCUCUCCACGACUGUUGACUACACACUUCCAGUACAACAUGAUGCCACCAUCUUUCUUUGAAGUAAAGCCAAAGGUCAUCUAUGUGACGAGGAACCCCAAAGAUGUGUUCACAUCGUCUUUUCAUCAUCAUGAGGCGGCUUCCUUCCUGGUGGACCCAGGCCCACAGACCCAGUUCCUCCACAAGUUCCUUGAUGGAAAAGUUCUGUUUGGCUCGUGGUUUGAUCAUAUGAAGAGCUGGCUGAAUGCUGCAGAUGAAGAGCACAUCAUGCACAUCUCCUAUGAACAGAUGAUAAUGGACCUGAAGGACUCUGUGGGCAACAUGGCUCAGUUCCUGCAGAAACCUCUGGACCAUGAAGCGAUAGAGAAGAUAGCCGACCGAUGUUUGUUCAAGAACAUGAAGAAGAACAACAUGUCAAACCUCUCUACUGUUCCUCGUGAAUUAAUAGACCAGACAAAGUCUGAGUUUCUCAGGAAAGGAAUUGUUGGAGACUGGAAAAACCAGCUAACCCCGGCAGAUGCAGCGUACUUUGACGCUGUUUACAAAGACAAGAUGAAAGAUGUCAAACAUACAUUUGCAUGGGAUUAAAUGGGAACACUUUAACAUUGCCUCCUGCAGCAUACCAUGGUUCUCAGAAAUGAAUAAGCCAUUUCUUAAUCACAACAAAUUGUUUGGUUAAUGAGGUUUGUGGCAGCAGAAUUGGAGAAACACAAACAAACGUUCUUUAACUCCUCUUGAUAGAUUAAACUGUGUUAUCGUUUUCAUAGACAGACCAUCAGAAUCAAAGAUGAGGUGUUUGAAGAACUAACUUCUUGAUUUGUUCAUAUAACACGGCCUUAACAGAGUUGUUGUUGUGUGACCUGAGGUGUUCACCUUGGCUGGUUUGUGUUAUGGCCAAAGCGAUUAUUGAUGUACCAUAAGUCAUGUAUUAUUUCACUUUAUGCAUCACCAGGCUGCAUGUUUGAUAUGAAACAUUCAGCCUUCAGUUGAACUAGUAACAAAUAAACCCAAUGAGCCUCAGGUGACCUUACUUGCAUAUGUUACAGUACAUGUUGACAUUACAUGUCAUUUGUUAGACGCUUUUAUCCAAAGCAACUCACUUAUUACUGUGGACGAGCAACUUGGGACGAAGUGUCCCAGGGACACAACGACAUGCUGACUGCAGUGGGACUCGAACUUGCUAUCCUCUGAUUUGAAGUUCAGCACACUACCCACUGAGCCAUGUUAAUACGUAACAAUGCAAAUGUGAUAUCAGACACAAUCAUACUAAAACCUUAAAGCAACAUGAACCUGCUUGCCUUAUUGUGAACGG